AUGCUUGGACCCCCUCCACAUCUGAUAGAGAAACCUGAGGAUGUGCAGAAGCCCAUUGACGACUCUCUGGUGUGGGAAUGCAAGGCCACUGGGAAGCCCAAGCCCUCCUAUAGGUGGAUGAAGAACGGAGAGAACCUGGAGUCACUGGAGGAGCGCAUACAAGUUGCCAAUGGAGCGUUGUCAAUCAGCCGGCUGACACUGUCCGACAUUGGAAUGUAUCAAUGUGUGGCUGGAAACAAACAUGGGGAGGUAUACUCCAAUGCAGAGCUCAGAGUCAUUGCUGUUGCCCCAGAUUUCUCCCAGAACCAGCUGAGGAGCCCCACCAUGGUGAAGGAGGGAGGAGACGUGUUGAUCGAGUGCCGGCCCAAGAUGUCCCCCUGGGGCGUGAUCUCCUGGAGGAAGGGCAGCGAGGCUCUUCGAGAGAGCCACAG